AUGGUCAACUUUACAAUCGAAGAGAUCCGCGCUUUGAUGGACAAGCCGGCGAACAUUCGCAACAUGUCUGUCAUUGCUCACGUCGAUCACGGAAAAUCUACCUUGACCGAUUCUCUCGUCCAGCGAGCCGGUAUUAUUUCUGCAGCAAAGGCAGGCGAAGC